AAUGCAUCUUUUUCUCCAAGGAAUCAAUUUGUUGUUCCCUCUUUAUGGAAAGGUCUUCGCGGUUCUGAACCCACCCAGUAUAUGGGUGGUGGUACUAGAAAUCUACAAAGCAUACCCUAAUACAAGAAACCGGGUUUUCAAAACCGCUAUCAUGGCAAGACUAGUGCAAAACCCUUAUCUUUACCGUUCUCAGAUUCGUUUUGUGCUUCCGUUGGCCGAGACUAUGGCGGAUGAUCAAGUCCUGCUAUAUCCUCACCACUUUUCUUCCUUUUCAUUUGGAAGUUGAAGCGUUGGAAUCACAGUAAAGAUCGGCAGCUCAAUUUUGAGCUCCAUUUCGGGUGUAUUCGGUUCGCGAAACAACUCCUAGGAAAGUGAAGGUUAGGGUUUUGGCCUUCAAAAACCUUUUUUGAGGUUUUAGAGCUGUGUAACCAUGUCAGAAGACCGGAAAAAAAUGUUGGAAGCUUUGGUGGCCAAGAGAAAGGCCGAAGCUGAGAGUGGGGAGAAGAACAAGAGGCACAAAGCUCCUUCUCUGCCUGCUGCAAAGCCUGCCAAGAAACCUGUGAAUAAGCCUGUAGAAAAACUUGGCAGCAAGGCUAAGCCAGGCCCUACUUCUUUAAAGAGUAAGCACAAGGAGCACAAAGAAGUUGUAAAGCCAAAGCGAUCAACUAAGCUUGAUAGGUAUGAGACAGAUGAAGAUGAAGAAGAAGAAGAGGAAGAUUUCACCUCUGAAUCUGGUGGAGAAGAUGAACUAUCUGAUGAGGAUUCUGAAGGUGAUAGGAAAGCCAAGUCUGUGAAAAAGCCUUCAUUUGAGUCGAAGGGAAAGUCUCUGGCAAAAGGGAGUUCGAAUGGCAAGGGCAAGGAUGACAAGGGAAAGGGUAUAAUGAAUGAUAAAGGGAAGAAUGCACUAAAAACGAUUAGUAGCAGCAGUGAAGAUGGUGGUAGUGAUGAUGAUGAUGGAGGGGAUUUGUCUGAUGAUCCUCUAAAUGAGGUUGAUCCUUCAAAUAUUCUUCCCAGUAGAACACGAAGACAAUCUUCCCAGCCUGGGGCGUACCAAUUUACCAAUGUGAAUGAUGACGAGGACGACGACGAUGACGACGAUGACAGUGAUUAGAAUGCUAAUAUGUUUAAGGAUCUCUUGGUACAUUCAGUGGUAGGAUGCUAAAAAUUUAAGACAAUCUCAAAUGUAAUAAUGAACUUUAGCUUUUGAUGUGUCAAAUGUUAGAUCACAUGUUUAGUAUAGUAAUGUAGUAAAUGUAGUGAAGUAGAUAGCGAUUCUUGAUUCUGUAAGUGAAUAGUUAAUGUUUUUUAUGCUCUUCACUCA